AUGAGUGGGCGAAGGUCGGGCUUGCAGAAGGAUGUCAUUGCCUUGUAUAGGAGAGGCGUCAAAGCUGCUUUCUCUAAACCUCGAUCAGAACGGGCCUCUUUCCUCUUACACCUGAAAUAUAACUUUCAUAAUCCAACAUUGCAGGCGAGAGAUGUCAGUGCUAUCGAGCAUCAGCUGCGAAAGAUGAAUAGGACGAUCGAAAUGCUCGAGGAGCCCUCUGUACACCGCAUCAACGUCUCCCCUGAAAUGAGAGAAUGGUGGCAGCAGAGGUUGUCCCCUGAGGUCUCAUUCGCACGAUCUCAGGCCUCAAGCUCGGACCAUCGACCAUCCGCCACAGACCGAGGAGACUCUUCGCAGGGUGAUGCUCAAUGGGGCCAUACCCUGCCCGGUCACGGCGGUACAUAG